CCAAUGAUCCACGUCGAGGUUGCUCUCCACAGGCGAUGUAAUCGCUGGUAUAUCGUCUAUCCCCGCGCGUACGGCAUGGCAGACGGCUGGAAGCUCUUCGCUCCUCUGAACCAACCCCAGCUCUCUGAUACUAGCAUUGCACUCCCAAAACAAAGUUUACGCCACCGUUUCUGGUUCCGCGAAUCCCCCAACACCACGUUAGCGGAUCUGCUUGCUGCAACGCCACCGAUUUUGAAGGUUACGGGG